AUGCCAAAGCGGGGCUGGACUCACCGCAACCUUGCGCUGCAAUAUAUCCGCGAGAACUAUAGUCCGGACACCGAUGGGGUGUUGUACUUUGCUGAUGAUGAUAAUUCGUACGAUAUUAGAUUGUUCGAUCAGUAUAUACGCAAUGUGAAACGAUUAGGAGUUUGGCCUGUAGGUCUAGUUGGCGGAGCUUAUGUUGAAGCUCCCAGAGUGGGUAAAAAUGGCCAAAUUGAAGCUUGGGAUGUGAUGUUUGCGCCCCGACGAGAAUUCGCUGUAGAUAUGGCCGGCUUUGCCUUACAUGUCAAGGAGAUUUUUAGGGUUCGAAAUGCUACAUUCGGAAGCAAAUGUGCGAAGACAUCCGGUUUGGGCCCCGAGUCAUGCUUUAUUACGCAAUUUGGUUUCAAGAAGAAAGACGCGGAACCUUUUGGACAUGACGAUAGCCCUAAAGAUAUUCUCGUUUGGCAUACAAAAACCAUCAAAUUCAAGGGAUCGGGUCCUUCUAGGGGUUUUGUUAUUGAAAUCUGAUAUGUAAAUCUUAUAACAACCAUAGAAAUGUUGCAUCUACUUUCAAUACCUG